UAACCUAAAGCAAGGUGGCGGUGAAUUUUUACUGAAGCGCUUUUCCCCCACCAAAAAACCAACCAGUGGAGCCUUACCACUACGCGCCUGUUCCCAGCUGGCAGCCAACUUAUUUCCACCGCGCUCAACGCUCCUCUUUUGCGACCGAACCUUCCACCUUCACCUUCACAUCCGCAUCCGCGUCAACUUUCAACAACUUCACAUCCAACAACCGAACAACCAUCUGGAUUUCGAGCCUGCGAUCUUGCUUUCUGCAUCUGCACCUUGUAUCUGCAUCUACUCACUAUAGCCUGCAUCUCUUCCGUCCCCGAACGCGAACUCGAAGCCAUGGCUACUCCCCAGUCUACCGCCUCCGACGACGCCGCCGCCAACGAUAAGAACGAGCAGAUCACCUUCCGCUUCUGCUCCGAGUGUUCCAACAUGUUGUACCCCAAGGAGGACGCCGAUGCACAUAAGCUCCAGUACACCUGUCGUACCUGCCAGUACACCGAGGAAGCCCAUUCCCACUGCGUCUUCCGCAACAACCUCGACACCAACGCCGGCGAGACAGCCGGUGUCACCCAGGAUGUUGGCUCCGAUCCAACGCUCCCGCGAUCCAACAAGACGUGCCCCGUUUGCAGCCAUGAAGAAGCCGUCUUCUUCCAGUCUCAGCAGCGAAGCGCCGAAACCGGCAUGAAAUUGUUCUACGUUUGCUGCGAGUGCGGUAACAUUUUCUCUUAAGCAAGACUUUCUUGUACCGAUACCCCGAUAGCAUCGAUUUGGCUAUGCUAUCCUACUAGAGUGAUGGAGAAGGAAGCACUCUUUGGUUUUUACUUGGCAUGGCGUUAAGGGAGGAAAGGAGGGUUCAUCACAAUGAUGCGGAACGGCAUCUAGACGCAUUUCAGGAGUUGAAUAUCACCGCUUGCGUAUGGUGUUCACUCGGAAACAGGAAAGAAACUAGUACAAUAACAUCAAGAAAGCUGCUUCUAGCAGCAUGCACUCAUCACUUCAUA